CACACACACACACACACACACACACGUGUCCAUGUCCUGGCUGAAGGCCAACAUUACGCUUAAAAAUCAAACACAACGCUCCCACGAAUCAACUCUCAUCCGAUUCAGUAUCGAAUGAGGAUUCGGCUCAAUGAUUCUGAGUAACAGCACGCGUUCUUGUUGCGCUUUUGACAGAUGAUGUCCCACCUGUCAAAAGCGCCACGGUGCAGUUAAGUAGCGCGUUAUAGAGCGUCCUGAUGACGACUUUAGACUGCACGUUAGAUUCCAUCACCAGGAUCCUGAAGCUUUAAUCCGGCCGGAAAAAACUGAAACAAGCACAAAAAUAUGAACGGAUUUGGAUUCCAGAAACCGAGAAGUGCAAAGGGGAAGAAAAGUGAAUGUAAACACCGGCUUAAAAAUCUGCCAACACUCCACAAGAGUCUCCCAGACAUCAUGUCCCUCCUUUAUAUCUCCAUCUUAUGGCUCUGUGCCUGUGUGGACAGUGCAGAGCCUGAUGUUACUGUAUCAGCUCAAGUGGGUUCCACAGUCAUCCUGCCAUGUAACCUGACUGAAGAGUUCAAACAAACAUCAUUUAUUAGGUGGCAGUUUAAUAAAGACAUUGUGUUUGAGAGAAGCGGUAAUGUUACAGAUCCAGGACCAGGAUAUGAAGGACGUGUGGAUGUUCCUGUGGACGAGCUGCAUAAAGGAAACUGUUCCCUGGUGUUGAAGAACAUCAGAUUUACUGAUACAGGAAUAUACAAUUCCUUUACAAUGGAACAUGGGGACACUAACAAGGACAAAAUGAAAGAAAUGAACAGAGUUAGUCUCUCAGUCUAUGCUCUUCAGAUAUCAGCUCCAGUGGGUUCCACAGCUGUCCUGCCGUGUGAUUGGAGUCAUCUGUCCAACAAAACUCCUCACGUUAAGUGGUUUACUGAUACUGAGACUGUGUUUGAGCGAAAGGGGAAAGAUUCAUAUGAGGGUGAAGGACAUAAGGGUCGUGUGGACGUUCCUGAGGAUGAGCUGCUUAAAGGAAACUGUUCCCUGGAGAUGAAGAACAUCAGUGUUAAUGAUACAGGAAUCUACAGCAGCUCCAUGUUAAUUACAGACACACAGGAACCUGUCUUGGUCCAGAAGGUUAAUCUGUCAGUUGAGGACAGUGUUAAUGAGAGAGGAUCUUUAUCAGAGGAUUCAGACUCACACCAGACUGGAGAGAGAAACAGGAUUAUUUUAUAUGUUGGGAUCGCCAUCAUCCUCAUCAUCCUCAUCAUCAUCUGUGUGUCUGUGUACUACUUCAGGGUGAAAGUAUCUUCAUGUCUCAGACGUGUCCCCGACUCCACUGAACAGGACAGAAACAACACGAUUGUCAGUGUGCUGUACACAACAGUCGCCACACAACCGCAGACAUAAUGACCAACACAAGAUGGUCUGCUACGAUCCUGACUGCCGUUAGAGACGUUUCUCAGAUCAUCAGCAGCAGUUUUUCAUGAGUGUCUGUAACUUAGCCAACAGUCUUACAGCCGGGUCACUGACAACACCUGCUCAGGACAUGUAGUCUAGUGCCAGUGGUUCUCAAACUGGGGGCCCUGAGAUGGUGCCAGCGGGCCCCGGGUCAGAACAAGCAAUCUAGGCCAAUUGAUAGUAGAUAACAGAAGUAUAAGUUGAAGCCUUUACUUUUGUCACAUCUACAUUACAGCACAAUGAAAUUAUUUCUUUGGAGGUUAAGACCAGAGCUCAGGGUCAGUCACGGUACAGAGCCCCUGGAGGGUUAAGGGCCUUACUCAGGGGCCCAACAGUGUUGGCUUGUCUGUAUAAAUACAUGUAUUAUGUGCAUUAUAUUGCCUUAAGCAGAGAAUUGUGUGUGUUUUAAUAACUACUGUGUAUUAAAUCUUUAUAUUCUGUCAUUACCAGACAGGGCAGAGCUCCACUGUGCCUAGUGUCUGUCUCUGUAUGUCAGUCACUACACAGGGACUGAGAAUAGCACCGUGGGCUCGGCUUAUAGACCUUCAUCUAUACUGUGAACACGUGUACUGUACUGUGAGGAGCAGGAGAACAUUUCAGUUUAACUUCUCAGGGAUUUUAAUGAGAUCUGGCAUCACAGAAAAGAGAUCCUACAGGAUGAGGAAAAGGAAGUAAUGCAGUGUGGACAAUGUUCAUUUGUCUUCUUAUUUAAAGCCAGUCAGAAUUUCAGGAUAUUUAUCAUCUGUUUCAAAUGUACAUGAAGAUCCUCAGCCCAUAACUACACCUGACA